UGUUUUUUAUUCGUGAGAACAAUUUUUGAGAUUUUGAUCGUCGAAGUGAACAUGGUUCUUGGAUAUCACUGUCUAACAGAGCGGAUAUUUCCCAAAGUUGUGUUUGAACAGAGUUGGACCAAGAACAUUAUUUUUAAAGAAUAUUCUUUUUAUUGCAAUGCAAUUACUCUCUAUUAUUUGCAUGAAACUUAAACAUACAGAGUGACUCAAAUGCCUGGAAGAGACUUAAUAAUUACUUUAAAUUUUUUGGGCGAGGCUUAAGGGUACUUAACGGUUUUAAGCCCGUCUCAAGUGCCUGGAAGGGACUGAAUAAUUAAGUCGUUAUUCCAGUUUUUCUAAGUGUCCUUCCAAAAAGCCUCAUUCCUAAGAACAACAACUUUAAAUAAUCGCGGAAAAAAAACGAACCCCUAGUUUUUUUUCAACAACACCAUGUUCAAAUAGGCGAUUUCUCUUAGAAAAUACUAUAAAUCGGUCCGGUUCACGUUUGUUUGUCUGUAAUCCGAGUGAAAGCAGCCAACUGGUACUAUAUGAGGGAACCCCCAACAAAUCCAAUUUUGAACCUCAUUCAUUAAAAACCGCAUAUUUCAUCAUCAGAAUCACGUGUAAGAAUAACACUAACGAAUAUGUCUCCUGACGAAUAAUUAAAGACGAUCAUCACUUCUGACGCUCACUUGAGUAUUAAUUGAUGGGUUUUUAAUGAAUUUAUUGAAAGUCAUUUUAAUUAAUAAUAAACUGGCCCCAGCGGUACUACCAUAUACAUAACACAGCCACUAUAAGGCAUCAAAAAAUGUAUUUUUAACUAGUCAUUUUAAAAUUAAUACUUAAUUAAACGAACGUAUUAAUCCACGUGGGUAAUUGGGGGGGUAUUAGGCGAAGUUAAACAUUGACUCAAGAUAACAUCGGAAAAUGCAAAAACAUGAGCAGGGAACCGUUUAUAUCUUCGAGGAGCCGUUACGGUAGAAGGAGGAGAUGUUCGAUAAGGCCAAGUUCAAGUGUAAAGUGUGGCAGGUCAUCCCUUGUGUCUGCGCAUCUCUCACAUGUAUACCCUUCGGCCUAAUGUUAGGUUGGCCAUCACCCACUUACCCAAAACUGAUCGGAACACCAACUUCACCCAUACCGAUCACCAUGGACCAAAGUGCCCUGAUAGCAGGUUUCCUUAUGCUGGGUGGAUCAUUGGGCACGUUAUUCUCCCAAAAAACCAUUGGACCAGGCACAAAAUACGGAAUUAUCAUGGGAAACGUCCUGAUGGUGAUCGGAUGGACAGUAAUGUGGCAAGCCAAAGAUAUUUACGCACUUUUAGGGAGCAGGUUCUUAAUAGGAACUGGAUACGGAUAUGGGGUCGGGCAAAUUAGGAUUUAUAUUGCAGAGAUGUCCAGGGCAACUUUAGGGCAAACCUUGAUGAAACAUUUGAACUUUUACGGUCUUUUGGGGUUUGUUUUGGCGUAUGCCGUAGGGCCCUGGGUGGAUUUCAGACAAUUGUCUUAUUUUAGUGUGAUAAUCGCGGUGUUUAUAUUGUUUUUAACGGUGUUUUUGCCGUGUACCCCUAAAGAGUUGUUGCUGGCCAAGAAAUCCGCUGAAGCGAAAAAGCUGUUGGCCUUUUUAAAAACCGACAGUGAUCCGGAACAAGAGGUUCAUAAUUUGGCACAGAGUAUAUUGAACCCCCCCGAGAGUGUGGGGUUUAGUAAGAUUAUGCAGGAUGGCACUUUAAGGGUGAAUUUUAUUAAAUUGACUUUUUUGUUGUUUUGUCAGCAGUACAGCGGGGCUCCGCCUACUUUGGUUUAUACUCAAAUAAUUUUCGAAAAGUCUCAGGUGCCUUACCCAGAGGUUUUCGCUAUAUGUUACGCCCUAUUGUAUGUUAUAGGUAACGUUAUUGGGACUUAUACUGUUCCAAUGUUAAAUAAGAAACUUGUUUUGCUCACAUCCAGCUGCUUUAUUUUAAUUUUACUUGUAGCAAACAUUCUUGUGAUAUAUUUUAGGGUUAACAUUGAAUAUUUUCAGUACUCGUCUGUGAUAACUUUAUACUUAUUUAUAUUGGUGCAUACGAUAAGUUUAGGCAGUAUUCCCGUGAUGUUAAUUAACGAGUGGUUUCCUAAAAGUUGCAAAAUUUUUAUGUCUCAGUAUUGUUUCAUUUUGAGCCUUUUGUAUGCCUUAACGGCCACCAAAACCUUCCAAGUAUUAAUGACUCUGUAUUAUCUCUAUACGGCUUUUUGUUUAUGUCUAGCUGUGAUUAUUUUUGCCAUAUUUUUUAUUAUUAUUUGUGUACCAUCUGAAAUACCAGAGAAGAUGUAAAUGUCAAUAAGGCUCAAUUCAGGAAAUCAAUUGUUUAUUUAUAAUUUAUAUUACAAAGUGAUUUAUAUGUAAAUAGUUCUUCAAUUAUAAAUAGUACAUAUUGUUGACAUAAAGUAUAUUAUUUACCUGAAAAAAACUGCUACUUUGUUUUGUAGAAAAAUUAAAGAAAUGCUAAAGAAUUUAUCAUUAAAAAUAGUUAUAUAUCGCAAAAUACAACAAACUAUCCCUUUUAAUGAAAAUAAACAAAUGUUAUAUCAAAUUCCUCAUACUUGUGAUAAAUUUUACUUAGGAGAAAUAUUAUAGUGAUCAUAAAUUUUAAAUAAAACGUCAAUGCAAUAAAUUAUUUAACAGUGCCCAAACAAUGUACGGAAUGGCAAUUAACACCUCUGAAGAUUUACUUCUGAUUUUUUGAUAGGACUUUUCUAAAUAACUAACUCACUAAGUGAGUCUAUAGCCAACUAGUUUUCUCAAAUAUUUAAUUUUAAAUUUUUCUGGAAAAUUAAUGUUCUUCGCUCAUUUUAUGAAAUCUAGAAAUGCUGUUUUUAUACUAAAUAUUUAUAACAAUGUUAUUAAAUUAAAUAUUGUUUAUAUAUUAUUUGCAAAAAUAUUUUUUUUCAUAAAAACAAUCCUUACACCCCCCACCCACCCCAAACAUUUGCCCCCAUAAGAAAUUCUAUUGAAAAAUCACCCUUUUUCGUCUAUAAAAUCCAAUCUACUAACAUUAUUUUUGUAUUAAAUGUUUAUUAAUAUACAUAUAUAUAAUUAUAUCAAAUUUAAAUAAUUAAACUGUGUUAUAGAUUAGAUAUUAACGAUGAAACUAGUUUGUUAUUCACACGUAUUAUUUUGGAAAACAAUGAUUUUUGCAAACAAUUUCUUACUGGUAAGUUGUGUGGGGUGGGUGGGGGGGCAAGGGUAACAUAAAUGAAAAACGUUUUUUUUGCAGAAAAUAAUUGCCUAAGACAAAAAUGCUUUUUAAUAAAAUUAUAGGUGAUAAAAAAAUCUAUAAUUUUACUUUUCUCACAUAACCUCAAACGUGAAAAAACUCUAUUUUAUUUCACAAAAUCACGGCGUAUUGCAAUGAAAAUUGCGGUAGUUGUGCCAUUUUUACCGCAUAAAUGAAUAUUCAGUUUUUGAAGUUAUCAACGGCCAUUAAAACUCAAACUACAAAUACAGAAUUUAAUGAUGAAUUAAGUGAUGUUGGAAGUUGACCCUCGUUUAAUAAAUUAACUUAUUAUAAGAGUAAAGAAAUAUCAAUGAAUCUUAGUUAAAAAAUAUAUUAAACUGUGGUCAGAACUAAUUAUGGAUAAAACUGUAGCAAAAAUCGUAUCAUAAAAAGUCUCUUAAAAAUUAAAAAUUGCAAAAUGUUGACUACUAAUUCAAAUUCAAAUUUAAAUAUGCUCGAUUGUUUGAGCAAAAUAUUGUUAUAAAUAAAGCUUCACCUAAUCCUAAAGAGACAGAGUUACAAGGUUAAAAUUAUAUUUAAAAAUACAAGUUACAAUGACGAAUCAAAGUUUUUUUUUUUUUUUUUUAAUUAAUAAAAUCAACUAUAUCUAACUUUUCUUAACUAAGUACAGUUCAACAUUUAGGGAUAAAAAAAAGAAAAACAUUUAAAACAAACAGGUUAGGAAAAGAGCUAGGUCUCCCUUAAUUAAUUAAAAUCUGAUUGUCGUUGAAAUAUUCAGCCACAAAGUAAUAAGCUCGACCACUCAGAAAUCUCCUCAAGAGAAACUUAAAUUUGAUGAGAGAUUUUGCCCCUCUAAUGUCCCCUGGUAGGUGGUUAAAGAUUUUUAUACCUUCAUAAAAAAUUGAUCUCUUUACCAAGGCAGAUGUUGGAAUUAGUCCGGGGAAUCUGUACUUUUUAACAAAAAAAUUGCAACCCGCAAACGAACGACUGGAUGUGGUAAAGGGGUUCAUAAGAAACAUAAAAGAAAUAAAUUCAUACCUGGGGUAGUUGCGGGGGUGAAAACUGAAAAAAACAGCAGGAGCAUUUUUCUAUCGCUAUAUCCGGCGAAAGUUGACGCUCAAAUAAAAAGUGCUUAAUGGCAAAGUUGUAAAUAAUAUAAAAAUCUAUAAUUUUUGUAGAGGGCACUUUUGAACAUAACCUCAAAAUGUUCAAGAUAAAUGCAAAAAUUGCGAAAAAUUUUUUUUUUCGUUUUUUAUUUUUCAUUUAUCCAAAAAUUAUGCAAUUUUCAUAAAACUUGGUAUAAAUAUACCCUUUAAUAUCCUAAAUAAUCUCUAUUUUUUUUAGUACUAUACAAUAACAAUUUUUCAAGAAAUUCAAGCUUUUCAAAAAAAUUACUUUUUUUUUAAACGAAAUUUGUCCUUCAGAGAAUUGUUCUAAGUGGUAAUAGAACGUGUUUAGAUAGUAUUAGUAAUCAUGGAAAAUUUAACUUUAAGAGAAAAAAUUGAAAUUGUUCGUCUUGUUGGUGGUAACACGCGUUCGAUGAGAGAAGCUGCCAGAGAAUUUAAUAUUAGGCAUCCUGAUAAGCCAGUAAGUCUAACUACUACUGUGUAACGUGUUAAUAAAAUUUUCAAUGAAACAGGAUCUGUUUCGAAAAAUCUACUUAAAAAUAGACAUAAUGGACGGCGUGGGCUCAGAAAAAAUGAAAAUUACAUUUUGGAAUAUUUUAACGGCAAUCCUCGAAGUAGUGUCAGAACGGCUAGUUUGGUCCUUAACAUCCCCAGAGAAAGUAUAAGAAGAUGUUUGCAAAAAAAUAACAUAAAAGCAUUUAAGCCAAAAUUUUUGCACACCUUAGAGGAUGGUGACCAGGCAAGAAGAUUAGAGUUUUGCUAUUGGCCUCAGGGAGAAUAUUUAAACAAUAGAAACUUUCUAGAUGAAAUCCUCUUUAGCGAUGAAGCCACUUUUACCACAAAUGGCGUAGUCUCCGGUCAAAAUUGCCGCCACUGGUCCGUGCAGAAUCCAGAAUUUAUAAUAAAUGCAAGGAGACAGUAUUCGCAAAAAAUUAACGUUUGGUGUGGAAUACUAAGCGACAAAAUUAUUGGCCCUUUUUUCUUUAAUGGUAAUUUGAAUACAAUUGAAUUUUCUUGAGAAUGAAUUUUCGAACGCAUUAGAAGAUUUACCCUUAAGAUAUCACCUUAAUUUCAAUUAGAUGAUUGUCCUGUCCAUAAUGCUCGUUUAGUAAGAGACUGGUUAAAUCAAUAUUUUGAAAACUGUUGGAUAGGACGAAACAGUCCUUUCGUUGAGUGGCCACCAAGAUCCCCUGACUUAACGCCACUCGAUUUUUUUCUCUGGGGCUUACUUAAAGAAAAAGUGUACAAAUCAAGACCUCAAAAUUUAGAAGAUCUACAAGUCAGAAUAAUCCAGGUUUCUUCAGAAAUUACUCCAGAGCAAGUCCGUAAAGUUAUUUUAAAUGUAGGCAAAAGGAGUGUAAAAUGCAUAGAAAACAAUGGUGGAUUAGUAGAAAUUUCAAAAAUUUAGUAGCGGUUAAUUUUUUUGUUUGUUGUUUUUAUUUUAUUUGUAUUUAUUUUUGUUAGUUUAUUGUUUGUUUUUAUUUGUAUUUAGUUUGGCAUUGUUAUUUGCUUGUAUUAUCUUUGUUCAAUUUGUUUUUUUCAUGGCUAUCUACACAUUUUUAAAUGUAAAUAAAUGCAUAAUUUCCCUUUUUAUUUUUUGUUAUAAAAUUGUUAUUACUUAAUAUUUUUUGGUGAAAUUUGGUAUAAGGCCGUUUUGGGGGAUGCCGAAUUCAGUGGUGUGCACAAUUUUUUGCUAAAAAAAUUAAAAUUUGGCCCUUAAAAACUGACAUUAAUAGGCCUUGGAAUUUGCAUGGCAGAAUUUUUUUUUAUUAUAAUGAUGCAGUUUUUUUGGACCUAACGUUUAAAAAAAACCCGAGCAAAAUCGCACCAAAAAUAAACAUUUUAUCAGGGUGACCCGAAAACAAAUGGGCCACACUGUAUAAGUUGAAGAUCAGCUAACAUGGCUAUUCUCAAAGAGUCGAUAUCAUACCCAUGCCAGAGAACGGUGGUGUCGUCAGCAAAGAGCGUGAAUUUUCCCUGGAUAUUAAGUCGGAUGAGGUCAUUAAUAUAUAGGAGAAAAAUUAUUGGUCCCAGUACCAACCCCUGAGGUACUCCCCAGGCACAUACUCCGACCCCACACACACUCUCUGACGACGACCCUUUAGAUACGAAUAAAACCAACUCGCCGCCAAGCCCCCAAAACCAUAGUGGAGGAGCUUCCGCAACAGAACCUCGUGACUGACGCAGUCGAAGGCUUUCGACAAGUCACAAAACACAGCAGCGGAAACUCCACCACCGUUAAUCUGACAGUAGACAUCGCUCAUAAAGUUAAACAUUGCGUCAUUUGUGUUUUUAUUUUCUUGAAAGCCAAACUGAGAUCCACGAAGAAUAAUUUUUGAUUUUAAAUAAGACCAAUUUUUCAAUAAUCUUUGAAAGUGUGGACAGAAGGGAUAUUGGUCUAAAGUUUGAUGGUUGAGCCCGUCUUAUGAAUUGGGAUAACCUUAGCAGAUUUUAGGCAAGCAGGAAAGGUGCCCAUAACCCAUAACCCAUGAUGCAUUUAUAGCUUCAACAAGGACACUCAGAAAGAUGGCCGGCAUGUUCAGGAGUAUUUUGACAGAUAGGCCAUCCUCCCCGGCUGAGUUUUUAUUUUUUAUAGAAGUUAAUACCUCCUUAAGCUCAACCAAGUCUGUAUAGGUAUAAAGAAAAAUGAUCCUUGAAUACUGGUGCUUGAUAAAUAAGUAAGUGGAUCUGUUGUUGGGAAACCCAAAUCUUUAUAGUUAAUAUUUAUAGUCAAUAUUUAUCAUUAACAAUCUUCCAGCAUUCUUUAGACCUGUUUGUGGCCUUAUUUAGGCAAUUUGAGUAGAAGGAUCUUUUGGCGAAUUUUAUUAGUCGCCGAUACAAAGACCUAUAUAAGAGUUAAAAUAUUGAUGAAAAGCCGGGCAAUUCGUGAACUUUCUUAAUGUAUGAAGGGAUCUCAAAUUUCUACAUGAAGUUUUAAGUCCCCUAGUUAACCAUGACUUCUUGUUCUUUUUUAGUCUAAUUUUCACCAUGUAAGAAACUGGGCGACACAACUUUGGGAUUUUCUAAAAAUGCGAAGAACUUAGGGCUUAUCAUUGAUACUGAUUUAAGGUUCAGAGAUCAUGUGAAUAAGUUACUUCAAAAAAGUUAUGUAAAAAUGAAAGUUCUCUAUGCCAACAGAUUUAUCUUAGACUUUAAUAUUAGGAAAAAACUCUGUGAAUCUCUGGUUUUGCCAAUUUUUUAUUAUUGUAAUAUAGUGUACUACCUCUGUUUAUAUUUAGUGACAAAAAAUAGAUUGCAAGUUGUGCAAAAUAACUGUUGUCGCUUCAUAUUUGGUCUGAGGAGAUAUGAUCAUGUCUCAGCAGAAUUUAAACAAUUAAAUUGGUUAAAUGUGUCGGGUGUGGUAAAGCAUCAUUUUGCUACUUUUCUAAUGAGGUUGUUAAUAUCAAAUAUUCCUGUAUAUUUGAGGGAAAAGUUAGUAUUUCGAACAUUUAUUCAUAACCGUGAACUUCGUUAUGGAAAUCACUUUACUAUGCCACAACAUCAUUCAGCACUCUUUCAAAGAGGUUUUGCCUAUAAUGCAGUAUCUUUAUAUAACUCCUUAGAUCCCUAUUUAAGAGAUAUUAGUUUAAACGGCUUUAGGUCUCAGUUUAAAACUUAUUUGUUAAAUUUACAAAAUACUUAGUGUCAUUAUGAAUUAUGUUUACUUUUCACUUCUUUUUUGAUUUAGAAUAGGGAUGGUUAAGUGUAAGAGUAGCCUAAGGCUAAACUUCGCCAUUUGUAUUCUUUAACCUUAAUCUUAUAUGUAUAUACCUAUAAAACAUUUAAAUCUGUGUAAUGUAUAUGCAUGAUUAAUAAAAGACGAUUUAUUAUUA